AUGGUUCACACCGCAGAAUACCUCCCAGACAGGGGCCACUCCAUCCCCUCUAUCCUCCAAGGUGGAUAUAACCAUGACCUUACCCGUGAAUGGGCAAAUGAACGUCAACUUUCAAAGAAUAUGUUUAUUUUCCCACUCUUUGUGACCGAUAAUGCUGAUGAUGAAGUAGAUAUCCCAGCUCUUCCAAACAUCAAGAGAUUCGGUGUCAACAAGCUUAUUCCUUAUGUGCGUGGCUUGGUUGCCAAAGGUCUUAGAGCUGUCAUUUUGUUUGGUGUUCCACUUGCUGAAGGCGCCAAAGAUAAGGAAGGUACAUCAGCUGAUGAUCCAGAAGGUCCAGUUAUUCAAGCCAUCCAAAAGCUUAGAAAGGAAUUCCCAGACUUGUACAUUAUGUGCGAUGUUUGUCUUUGCGAAUACACUGACCAUGGACACUGUGGUGUUCUUUAUGAAGAUGGUUCUUUAAACAGAGAAUUAUCUGUUCGUAGAAUUUCUGCCGUUGCUGUCAACUAUGCCAAGGCUGGUGCCAACUGUGUAGCUCCAUCCGACAUGAUUGACGGUCGUAUCAAGGAUAUCAAGCUUGGACUUGUUGAUGCUGGCUUGGCUCACAAGUGUUUCGUUAUGUCUUACUCAGCCAAGUUCAGUGGUGAGUUGUAUGGUCCAUUUAGAGAAGCCGCAGGAAGUGCUCCAAGUCAUGGAGGUCGUAAGGCUUACCAACUUCCACCAGGAGGAACUGGUCUUGCUCGCCGUGCCCUUGUUAGAGACAUGAAUGAAGGUGCCGAUGGUAUUAUCGUUAAACCUUCUACUUUUUACCUUGACAUUAUCAGUGAAGCUGCCAAGAUUUGUAAAGAUUAUCCAAUCUGCGCUUACCAUGUUAGUGGUGAAUAUGCCAUGUUACAUGCUGCCGCUGACAAGGGUAUCGUUGAUAUCAAGCAAAUUGCAUUUGAAAGUCAUCAAGGUUUAUUGAGAGCUGGUGCAAGAUUAAUCAUCAGUUACUUCACCCCAGAGUUUUUGGAUUGGUUAAAAAAUUAA